CACCUACUCCAUGCGAAUAAAGCAGAUUCCAGAUCACAGACGUCUCUUAUUCACCGAUAAGAACAACUUUUUACAUCGUAACCUAAAUUGCAGAGUUUCACUUUGGCCCGCCUCCAUUUGUUUCAGUUCUAUCUGUAAAUUGAAUUCCAUGGCAUCUUCUGAGCUUGGAAACGCUUUUGAGGGAGUUUCCCCGGCAUAUCCAUCUGCAUCUUCCUCAAAACAGCCCUGGGAUGUCUUCAUUAACCACUGUGGAAGUGAUGUGAAGCACACUUUUGCUGCCACCAUCUUUAAUACUCUUCAUCGCACAGGGCUGCGAGUCUUCCUCGAUGUGGAAGCCAUUGAAGGUGGUGAUGUAAUCCCCACAGAAAUAGAAGAAGCAAUGUGUAGCGCCUGUGUUCACAUUGCGAUAUUUUCAGCCAACUAUGCAAGGUCUCCAUGGUGUCUGGCAGAGCUAUCGUUUAUGCUCAAAACUGAAACCAAAAUCAUUCCAGUCUUCUAUCAUGUUGAUCCUUCUGAUCUGCGAUGGGUCGCUCAGGGAAAAGGGUGUUAUGUUUCUGCAUUUUCUUAUUAUGAAGAGAAAGGUAGAUACACCUCAGGAAAGCUCAAAGAAUGGAAAAUGGCAUUGGAGAACAUUUCUACGCGUUCUGGCCUCGUAAUUAAGAAUAAUUAUGAUGAGGGUAAGGUUUUAAAGGACAUUGAAAAUAAAGUAUUGAAGGAGAUGAAGAAAGUGCCGUUUGAGGUGGCUAAACAUCCUGUGGGUUUAGACUGUAUGGUACAAGAAUUGGAAAGAUAUACCCUUCAAUCUGUCCAGAGUAAGAGCAACGUACAGAUUGUGGGGAUCGUCGGAGAGGAGGGAAUCGGUAAAACCACUCUGGCAAAGGAGUUAUACAAUCAGAAAUGUUCUCUGUUUCAGAACUCCAGUUUCAUUUUUCAUGUGCGGGAUGCAGCAAGCAAAAGUGCCAUCCAUAAGAAGCAGAAAAAGCUUCUGAAGGACAUUGGUGUCAAAACCCAAGACUUAAUUUUUGACAACAUAGAAGAAGGCAAAGCAAUUUUGACAAGUCGCCUGAGAUCUCUAUCUGUACUCAUCGUCUUGGAUGACAUAUAUCAUGAAGAUCAAUUAGAUGCUUUAUUGCCAGCAAGUGCUAAGGAUCGGCUUGGAUCUGGCAGUUUGAUUAUUGUUACAUCUCGUGUGUUAGGUGUCCUGACAAAGUGGGGUAUCUCCUCCAAUGCCAUCUAUAGAAUGAAAGGACUCGAUGAAUCUGACGCCCUAAAGCUUCUCUGUCAGCAUGCCUUUUUACAGCCUAAUCCAGAAGAAGGAUUUGAAGAUCUGGUUCGAAAGUAUUUGAUUGAAUGUAAGGGUUUACCCUUGUCUCUCCUGAAGUGUGGGAAAGAGGUCUACAAAAAGUCCAGGGAGACAAAACUUAAGGGUAUCAUCUCCCUAUCCUCUCACAGAAGGGUAGAAAUCAAUGAUGUUCUUUGCAAUUCAAUUCAGUCAGAAGAGGGGAAUCAGAUCGUUUGGCUGGAUCAAUCGACCGGGAAAAUAAGCUUGAAGACAUCUGCUCGUUCUUUAACCAUCACACAUGGUAAUGACAAUACGUUUUGGCCGUGGGUAUCAACAGAGGAGUCCAGUUUCGGACAAGUAAAAGAGUCUGUUGGAGUGUGGUUUUUCAAGGUGUAUAAGCGGAUAGAAUGUAAGCUCUUGUCUCCGAAUACAGAGUACACAGUGGCAUUUGUUGUUAAGAUUGAUCAGUGUAAAAUGGACUCUUACCAAUCACCGUUUGAGUUUUCUCUCCAGACAAUCGAAGGGAAUUUGAUAAGUUCCGCUCUAUUUUUGGAUGACUUAGAAAAACCAGUCGAAAGUCACGGGGGAUUUGAUAUGACCCCUGUGAAAUAUGGAGAGAAUGGAUGGAUGGAGUUUGUUGUGGGAGAAUUCUUUCUAAAAGAAGAUGAUGGCAGGGGCCAGGCAAGAGUGGUUGAUGUGUUUAUGAAAAACGAGAACUGCAAUUUCCAGAAAAGUGGCAUUUUCUUAGAUGGACUCAAGAUCAUACCUAAGACUAUCAAAAAGUCCAUGGACGAGAAGUCGGCACAGAUUAUGGGGAAUGACGGUCCAAGAUUCAAGGCUGCUAAGAGUGCGAACCCUUAUGCUAAUGCAUCCGACAUCGAGUGGGCGAGAAAACUUCCUCCAAAUUACCAUAGAAUCCUUUCUAGGGCCGUCAUAAAGGAGGAGUACUCGUCAAUGGAAGAAAUAUAUUUUGCUCUUUGCAAUUCAAUUCAGAUAGAAAAGGGAAAGCAGGUUGUUUGGCUGGAUAAAUCAACGGGGAAAAUAGGCAUGAAGGUGUCUGCACGUUCUUUGACCAUCACACAUGGUAAUGACAAUAAGUAUUGGCGGUGGGUAUCAACAGAGGACUCCAGUUUUACAGAGUCAGUUGGAGUGUGGUAUUUCAAGGUGUAUAAGCGAUUAGAAUGUAUGCUCUUGUCUCCGAAUACAGAGUACACGGUGGCAUUUGUUGUUAAGAUUGAUCAGAGUAAAAUGGACUCUUACCAAUCGCCGUUUGAGUUUUCUCUCCAGACAACCGAGGGAAAUUUGAUACAGUCAGCUCGAUUUUUGGAUGACUUAGAGAAACCAGUUGAAAGUCAUGGGGUAUUCAAUAUGACCCCUGUGAAAGAUGGAGAGCAUGGAUGGAUGGAGUUUGUUGUGGGAGAAUUCUUUCUAAAAGAAGAUGAUGGCAGGGGCCAAGCAAGAGUGGUUGAUGUGUUUAUGAAAAAUGAGAACACCAACUUCCAAAAAAGUGGUAUUUUCUUAGAUGGAGUUAAGAUCACACCUAAGACCAUCAAGAAGUCUGGAGAACAGGUCUACGAAAAGUCCAUGGAAGAGAGGUCGACCCAAAUUAAGAGGAAUGACUGUCCAAGAUCAAAGGCCGAUAAGAGUGCGAAUUCUUAUGCUAAUGCAUCCGACAUUGAGUGGGCGAGAAAACUUCCUGCAAAUUACCAUAAAAUCCUUUCUAGGGCCGUCAUACAGAAGGACUAUUCGUCAAUGAAAGAAAUCUAUGAUGCCCUUUGCAAUUCAAUUCAGAUAGAAAAGGGAAAACAGAGCGUUUGGCUGGAUAAAUCAACGUGCAAAAUAUGCUUGAAGGCGUCUGCGCGUUCUUUGACCAUCACACAUGGUAAUGACAAUAGGUAUUGGCCGUGGGUAUCAACAGAGGAGUCCAGUUUCGGAGAAGUAAAAGAAUCUGGAGUGUGGUUUUUCAAGGUUUAUAAGCGGUUAGAAUGUGCGCUCUUGUCUCCGAAUACAGAGUACACAGUGACAUUUGUUGUUAAGAUCGAUCAGCGUAAAAUGGACUCUUACCAAUCACCAUUUGAGUUUUCUCUCCAGACAAUCGAGGGGAAUUUGAUAAAUUCUGCUCGAUUUUUGGAUGACUUAGAGAAACCAGUUGAAAGUCAUGGGGGAUUUGAUAUGACCCCUGUGAAAUAUGGAGAGAAUGGAUGGAUGGAGUUUGUUGUUGGUGAAUUCUUUAUGAAAGAGGAUGAUGGCAGCGGCAAGGCAAGAGUGGUUGAUGUGUUUAUGAAAAAUGAGAACUGCGACUUCCAAAAAAAUGGUAUUUUCUUAGAUGGAGUUAAGAUCACACCUAAAUAGUUGCGAGUUGAGUAGUUUUGUCUGUUUCUCCCUGCAAAUUAUGUAAUCUAAUAAUGAAACUCAAAAUUAAGUUAAUCCUGAGAAAAAUCAACAUAUCUAUGUCAAAUUGUA